AUGCCGCAAAAUGGAUGGAAAGUCUUGUCGUUAGCAACCCUGGCAAUUUGUUGCAGCCGAAAGGUCAGAGACCGGAUUGAUAGUGACUGGUUUGUGGACGAAGAGGAUUCAGAGCUCUCAGAGAAGCAAGCAGACGCGGAGCAAGAUGACACCUGGCUACAAGCUGAGGAUGUUGAAGAGGUCGGAGAUUUCAGUGAUGCGACGAUUUCCGUGCACUUUGAGGAGGAUCAGUCCAUGCAGUCCAUCGUCAUCGAAGACUUUUCGGGAACGCUUUUGCGUGCUUGGGGGGCUUCUGCUUCGGUGAGAUGCUUUGGAUGCGGCCGGGCCUCGUUCGCUUGGAACCAUCCGCACCAUGGCCAGACCGGCGCGUCUUUGUGGCCGACGACGAGAUGA